AUGGCAUACGAACCAGAAUCGGAAAGUGAAUCAGAAGAUGGGUCCGAACCCGAAUCAAGCCACGAGUUCGCACUCGUUUAUGAAGGUUCCGAUGAGAUCUGGGGAAAUAAAAUCCACAAGCAAGCAUCUUCUUCUCCUUCGCUCAGUUUCUCACGCUGCGAAGGCCGGUACGCCACUUCUCCCUUCUUCGCCAUCACUCCAUCAAAGGGGCCGGCGGUCCGCCACCACUCCACCGCCGCCGGCUUGCCAUCUCCUCUCCAUCUUCCCACCGUUAUUUUCUACCCGCGAUUCCAGCCAACGCCAUCAUUUCCUCCAGUGGCUUUUCGUGAUUGUCUGCCCCGACGUGCCGACACCAGCAUCCAGGCCACGACGGAGUUUCUCUACUUCAGAUCCAAACCGCAACCCUCUUCUCUCGGUCUAGAAGAUAAGAGGUCCUUCAUAGUCAACAUCCAGCCACGACAUCUUCAAGAUCUGGCCGCCCAAAGCGAGCAGCGGUCCUCUUUCGGAGAGCUCUUCACUUCAUGCUCAGCACUGGCUUCCCACAGACAUCUCCGACCUUCAUCAAAUUCUGAACAGCAAGCUUCUUCUUCAAUGAAGGAGAUCACCAAGGAAUUUGAGGAGAGGAAGAUUGAACUCAAAGCUAAGGCUCUAGAGAUCUAUCAGGCCUCAGACGUUGAUAUCAAGGUAUGUUGCUGAAAAAUUUGUGCAUAACAAUGUGGCUUCUUAAUCAAGAAACUACUUUUCAUUAAAUAAAAGGCGGCUGACAUUCCGUGUUGAAUCAUUAAAUUGGUUUAGUGGUUCCUCUCCUAUCAAGGCUAGGCAACUGCAUUGCAAGAUUGUUUCAACAAACUUGGUUGGUUCAUUAAUCCGUAUGAAGUAAUUCAUCUCAUGGAGUUCGAGACAAGGGAAGGCAAAGGGAAGAAAUCAUAGACAUGCAUACUACUAGCAAGAGGAUAUAUGAAGACAUUAUUGAAAGUAACAAAGUAUUGAACUUCUUAUCACAAAAAAUGGGAAGAAAAGUUUAUCAAGUAAGGUAGGCAAAGCAAAGAAAAGGAGAAGGUUUGUAAAAUGAUUCAAGAGGUGAAAUAUUCAAAUCAUUUAUAUCUAGGAGGAUCUGAUCCUUGUGAUCAUGAGCGUCGUGAUAGAAUGUAAAGAUUAGAUUACUUAAGGUGAGAUUUAAAAAUUUAUACAUUUGCUUAGACGAUGUAAAUAUUUAUUUAUCCUAAUAUUAAUUUUAUGAUACUUUUGGAUUA